CCUGUGGGUUUUAACUGAAAAUGACAGAUGUUAUUCUUUGCCUCUAUUCUUUUUAAAGUAGACACCUUCAACUCCAUAAGAUGUAUAUAUAUUCAAUAGCUUUCUUUCCACUUCUCGUCCUUUAUGCUGUUACAAAUAACAUUGUCACUGCAGAAUGUAAUGGAUGUUACUAUGAUGGACAAUGCUUCUGCAAUAAUCAAAAAGGCAUUUAUAUAGGAAAGAAUGAAUGUAAGGAACUUGAAUGCAAAAAGAACAAACUAUCAACUAUUGAGACGUAUUGCAAAGUUAACAGCGGAAAUUGCUUAAGCGCAGGUGAAACAUGGAUGGGUGCCGUCAAUAAUCUAUGUGUAACGGAAUACUGCGAUAUUCAAAAUAAUCAACCUAUUUUAGGUAUACGCUCCGAACAAGUUUGCAACCCGACAAUCAUUGCUUUAAAAUUACGACGUUUUACCCGUAAGAAACUGGUUACAUGUUAAAUGAAAAUUCGGCGUAUGAUUUUGUUAGAACUCUCUGUAAAGAAUAAAAUGUAUCAAUAAUAUAUGGUGUCGCUGUCUGACAUAGUGCUACACAUAGGCUACUAAUAUUGACAUUAAACGUGUAUCCAUAACAUAUAGCACUAUUUUAUUCCUUUUAGAAGUCAGUAGCAUAAUAUAACCUGUGAUUUAUUUCAUUGAGUAUUUUAAGAAAGUAUUUCAUAGAAUGUUAGUAGAUUAGGA